AUGCUCGUCACCUUUGAUGCUCUAUCUUGGAGUUGGGGGUCUAGUGGCAGGACAGAGACUAUUCUUUGCGAUGGAAGACCAACGGAGAUUCCAUACAAUGCUUACGCGGCCUUACAAGAGCUCAGAUACCGAGAAAGGAGCAGAUACCUUUGGAUUGACGCGAUAUGCAUCAACCAGGCGGACGAUGAUGAGAAAUCGGAACAGAUCCAGAAGAUGUUCGGCAUCUACGCAACAGCCGAGACCGUCAUCGCGUGGCUAGGCAACGAGAGCGAAUGUGGUGGUGCCACGAUCGACUAUCUCAUACACUUCUCGUCCAAUGUCAUGCAUCAAUUGGGGUGUCUUGACGGACUCAAAGCCGUUUACCGUGGCUUGGAGAUCUUGGCGAGCAGACCGUGGUUUCGCAGAGUUUGGGUGAGUUGA